AUGAAUGAUGAUGGGUUUUGUGAAAUGCAGGGAACUCCAGUAAACAUAAUUGUAGGGUCUCAUGUUUGGGUGGAGGACUCAGACGUGGCUUGGAUUGAUGGUGAGGUUGAAAAGAUCAAUGGAGAAGAAGUUGUGAUCCAAGCCACUACUGGAAAGAAGGUCACUGCAAAGUUGUCAAAGAUAUACCCAAAGGAUGUGGAAGCUCCCGCUGGUGGUGUUGAUGACAUGACCAAGCUCUCUUACUUGCACGAACCUGGUGUUCUUCAAAACUUAAAGAUCAGAUAUGAACUCAAUGAGAUCUAUACUUACACAGGAAACAUCCUUAUCGCUAUUAAUCCAUUUCAACGGCUGCCUCACAUCUAUGAUAACCAUAUGAUGCAACAAUACAAAGGAGCACCAUUUGGAGAACUAAGUCCUCAUGUUUUUGCUGUUGCUGAUGUUGCAUACAGGGCCAUGAUCAAUGAGGGGAAAAGCAAUUCGAUUCUUGUAAGUGGCGAGAGCGGAGCAGGAAAAACUGAAACCACUAAGAUGCUUAUGAGAUACCUUGCCUACUUGGGAGGCCGUGCAGUUACAGAAGGACGCACUGUUGAACAACAAGUUCUUGAAUCAAAUCCUGUCCUUGAAGCCUUUGGUAAUGCAAAAACUGUGAGGAAUAACAACUCAAGUCGCUUUGGUAAAUUUGUUGAGAUCCAAUUUGAUAAGCAAGGAAGAAUAUCAGGAGCUGCUAUAAGGACCUAUCUUCUAGAGAGGUCUCGUGUGUGCCAAAUCUCUGAUCCGGAACGCAAUUACCACUGCUUCUACCUUCUUUGUGCCGCACCGCAGGAAGAAAUUGAAAAGUACAAGCUUGGUCAUCCAAAGACCUUUCAUUACCUCAACCAGUCCAAGUGCUACGAGCUUGUCGGUAUCAGUGAUGCCCAUGACUAUCUUGCAACUAGGAGAGCUAUGGAUAUUGUCGGAAUCAGCGAAAAGGAACAGGAAGCAAUUUUCAGAGUGGUUGCUUCAAUUCUUCAUAUUGGAAACAUCGAAUUCACCAAAGGAAAGGAAGUGGACUCAUCAGUUCCCAAGGAUGACAAGGCCAAAUUUCAUCUUAAGACAGCAGCAGAACUUCUCAUGUGUGAUUUAAAGGCACUUGAAGAUGCAUUAUGUAAACGUGUAAUGAUCACACCCGAGGAAGUUAUCAAGAGAAGUCUUGAUCCACAGAGUGCUGUUACCAGCAGGGACGGUCUCGCCAAGACAGUCUAUUCUCGCUUGUUCGAUUGGUUGGUGAACAAGAUUAACAAUUCGAUUGGACAAGAUGCCAAUUCUAGAUCCCUAAUUGGAGUUCUCGACAUUUACGGAUUUGAGAGCUUCAAAACUAACAGUUUCGAACAGUUCUGUAUCAAUUUCACUAAUGAGAAGUUGCAGCAACAUUUCAAUCAGCAUGUUUUCAAGAUGGAACAGGAAGAAUACACAAAAGAAGCAAUAGAUUGGAGCUACAUUGAAUUUGUGGACAAUCAAGAUGUUCUUGAUCUUAUAGAAAAGAAACCUGGCGGAAUUGUUGCUCUCCUUGAUGAAGCUUGUAUGUUUCCAAAAUCAACCCACGAAACAUUUGCAAACAAGUUAUAUCAGACUUUUAAGACCCACAAGAGGUUCGUCAAACCAAAGCUCUCUCGAACGGAUUUCGCCGUUGCCCAUUAUGCUGGAGAAGUUCUCUAUCAGUCUGAUCUGUUUCUGGACAAAAACAAGGAUUAUGUGAUCCCUGAACACCAAGAUCUGUUGGGAGCUUCCAAGUGUCCUUUUGUGGUGGGUCUGUUCCCUCCACUACCUGAAGAAUCAUCUAAAUCUUCAAAGUUUUCAUCCAUUGGUUCUCGUUUUAAGCUGCAACUCCAGCAACUGAUGGAAACAUUAAAUUCUACGGAGCCACAUUACAUCAGAUGUGUGAAGCCUAACAAUCUUCUAAAGCCUGCCAUAUUUGAGAAUGUGAACAUCAUGCAGCAGCUGCGAUGUGGUGGUGUUUUAGAGGCGAUCAGAAUUAGUUGCGCAGGGUAUCCAACUCGUAAACCUUUUUUUGAGUUCAUAAACCGUUUUGGACUUCUAUCUACUGAUGCUAUAGAAGGGAACUACGAUGAGAAAGUCGCAUCUAAAAAGAUUUUGGACAAUAUGGGACUUAAAGGGUACCAGAUUGGUAAAACAAAGGUCUUCUUGAGGGCUGGUCAGAUGGCUGAGCUCGACGCUAGAAGGGCAGAGGUUCUUAGUGGCGCAGCCAAAAAGAUUCAGAGACGAAUCCGAACUCAUCAGGCUCAGAAACGUUUUAUUGUUCUGAGAAAGGCCACUAUCUCUCUCCAAGCUCUAUGUAGAGGAAGACUUUCCUGCAAACUUUUCGAGAAUUUGAGACGAGAAGCUGCUGCUGUGAAGAUUCAGAAGAACGGUCGGAGAUAUUACUCUAGAAAAUCGUACAAAAAGCUCCAUGUUGCUGCGCUUCUUGUACAGACUGGUCUAAGAUCCAUGGCUGCUCGUAAACAAUUCAGAUUUAGGAAGCAAACAAAGGCUGCCACAAUUGUUCAGGCUCAGUGGCGUUGUCACAGAGCAACCACGUACUACAAGAAGCUUAAAAAUGGAGUGAUCCUAUCUCAGACACGAUGGAGAGGCAAACUUGCUAGGAGAGAACUUAGGAAGCUCAAAAUGGCUUCAAGGGAAACAGGAGCACUUAAAGAGGCAAAGGAUAUGCUUGAAAAGAAAGUGGAGGAACUCACAUACCGUGUCCAGUUGGAGAAACGUCUGAGGGGUGAUUUAGAAGAAGUAAAGACUCAGGAGACAGCGAAACUCCAGAGUUCGUUGGAGGAAAUGCGGAAGAAAGUGGAUGAAACAAAUGCAUUGCUUGUGAAGGAACGAGAAGCUGCAAAGAAAGCCGCUGAAGAAGCUCCUCCUGUUAUCAAAGAAACGCAAGUUUUAGUUGAAGAUACGAAGAAGAUUGAACUGAUGACAGAGGAACUGGAGAGUGUAAAGGCUACUCUAGAAAACGAGAAACAAAGAGCUGAUGAUGCAGUAAGGAAAUUCGAAGAUGCUCAAGAGUCUCUUGAAGACAGAAGGAAAAAACUGGACGAGACAGAGAAGAAAAGUCAACAACUCCAAGAAUCCCUCACAAGGAUGGAGGAAAAGUGCAACAACUUGGAAUCGGAGAACAAAGUCUUAAGGCAACAGGCUGUGUCCAUGGCACCUAAUAAGUUUCUCUCUGGCCGCUCUCGCUCCAUUUUACAGAGAGGUUCAGAGAGUGGUCAUCUAGCAGUGGAUACGAGGGCGAGUUUGACUCAAGAUAACAACAAUACAUUGGCGUAUUGGUUAUCCAACGCCUCGACGCUCCUCUUACUCCUCCAGCGCACACUGAAAGCCAGUGGUGCAGCUGGGAUGGCUCCACAGCGCCGCCGUUCAUCUUCUGCCACUCUAUUUGGGAGGAUGACUCAGAGCUUCCGUGGAGCACCACAAGGUGUGAAUCUUGCCAUGAUAAACGGUGCUGCGGGAGGCGGAGCGGAUACCUUGAGGCAAGUUGAAGCGAAAUAUCCGGCUCUACUGUUUAAGCAGCAGCUCACAGCUUAUGUUGAAAAGAUAUACGGAAUGAUUCGGGAUAACUUGAAGAAGGAGAUUUCUCCACUCCUUGGAUUGUGCAUUCAGGCGCCAAGAACAUCGAGGGCGAGUUUAGUGAAAGGAGCAUCUCGUUCCGUGGCCAACACUGCAGCUCAGCAAGCACUCAUCGCCCACUGGCAAGGAAUUGUGAAGAGCCUUACGAAUUUCCUCAACACUCUCAAAUCAAACAAUGUUCCUUCAUUCUUGGUGCGUAAGGUGUUUACACAGAUAUUCUCAUUCAUCAAUGUUCAACUGUUUAACAGCCUUUUGUUGAGACGCGAGUGUUGUUCAUUUAGCAAUGGCGAGUACGUCAAAGCUGGCUUGUCUGAAUUGGAACACUGGUGUUUUAAGGCAACGGAUGAGUAUGCGGGUUCGUCGUGGGAUGAGCUUAAGCAUAUAAGACAGGCCAUUGGGUUUCUGGUCAUACACCAAAAACCAAAGAAAACUCUCGAUGAGAUCAGUCAUGAUCUUUGCCCGGUACUGAGCAUACAACAGCUAUACAGGAUCAGUACGAUGUACUGGGACGACAAAUACGGCACGCACAGCGUCUCUGGAGACGUGAUAACAAAUAUGAGGGUGCUAAUGACAGAAGAUUCGAACAAUGCUGUUAGCAACUCCUUCCUUUUGGAUGACGACUCAAGCAUCCCUUUCUCUGUUGAUGAUUUAUCAAAGUCGAUGGAGAGAUUUGACAUUGCUGAUAUCGAACCGCCACCACUAAUCCGGGAGAAUUCUGGGUUUAGCUUCUUAUUGCCAGUCUCUGAUUGAUCCCUUGUCUCUCUCUCUUCCGGAUAUCAAAUUUAGUUCUAGUGUCGUCUUUCUCCUUUUACCAAAAAGUAGAUUGCUUUUGAGGCAAGUAAUAAUAACUUUGUAUGCCCUUUAUAUUCCUUCCUCGCUUAUUACUGUAUUAUUUUUUCCCAAGGAGAAACGAGAUUUAUAUUUCUUCCGUUAUUCGUUAUUAUGUCU